AGGAUCAGUCACUGUUUGUUUACAUCGGGAGGAAGACGCAUCCCGCCCGCCUCUCCCUUAUUUACCUUCGUUUUUUUCUCGAAAUAUGGUCGAAUCUGAGGAAAAGUUCGAUGGGAUCUUGCUGGCCCUGGCUCAGCAACAUCCCGAUGGCAUUAUAGAGCUCCUAGACACCUUCUUCAGCUUCUUGGCUCGGAAAACAGAUUUUUACACGGGCGCGCCACCGGAAGUCGGGGAAAAGAUGGUAUUAGAAAAAUUUAAGAAAUACCAGAAAGUGGCAUAUGUAGAAGAUGAGAAAAAGAAAGCAGAAAGAGAGGAACAGGAGAGAAGGAAAGAAGAGAGACGAAAGAAGAAGGAGAUGGAGGAGAGGGAAGCCGCUAACCAGCCAAAGAUUAAGGAACUCACAGACGAGGAAGCAGAUGCGCUAGAGAAGAAAUUAGCAGCGAAAUCGGAGAAGUCGCCAGUCCAAUCGCCAAAGGAGGAGAAAGCACAAGAAAAGAGUGAGAAGAAGGAGGAAGAGGAAGAGGACGACGAUAGCAAGGGCAAGAUAAAGCCCAAUGCAGGCAACGGCUGUGAUCUGGAGAAUUACAGGUGGACGCAGACUCUACAGGAGGUGGAGGUAAUCAUUCCCCUGAACCUCAAAGUGAAGUCGAGAGACGUGGUGGUGGAGUACGGGCGGAAGACCAUAAAGGCCGGGCUAAGAAACGCCCCGCCGAUCUUGCAGGGGGAGCUCUAUAACGAAAUCAAAGUGGAGGAGUGUAACUGGUAUCUCGAUAAUGGAAGCGCAAUCGUUUUGAGUCUAGAGAAGAUUAACAAGAUGGAGUGGUGGGGCCGGCUGGUGCUGUCCGACCCGGAGAUCAACACGCAGAAGGUGGCCCCCGAGCCCUCCAAGCUGGGCGACCUGGACGGGGAGACGCGGGGGAUGGUCGAGAAGAUGAUGUACGACCAGCGCCAGAAGGAGAUGGGCAAGCCUACCUCGGACGAACAGAAGAAGCAGGAGGUCCUUAAGAAAUUUAUGGAGCAGCAUCCCGAAAUGGACUUCUCCAAGUGUAAAUUCAACUAGAAGAUUCGCCUCCGCUCUCCCGUCGUCAAACUCGUCAAAUUCCUAAGCGCUCCGCGGAAUAGACUUUCUUUAUUAUCGGCGAACAUUACUAUUGAGGUUCAUUUGGGCAUUAUUGGCGUGAGGGAAACAGAAUUAAUCAUCAUUAAAGAUUAUCAGAAUGUGACGUGACCGAUUAUCAGAAUGUGACGUGACCGAUUAUCACAAUGUGACGUGGGUGAAUAUUGGAUUAUACAAUAUACCGGCAUUGGUACCCUGAUUCCUCUGAUUUUUUUUUCAGACGUUUGAUUAGGUGUAUUUGGUGCUAAAUCACAAAGCUGUUGCAUAAAGAGCGUGUCAGAAUUAGCAAAAUAAAAAAAAAAAGAGAAAUCUGAAAUCAA